CUGAACCAACCAUUUUCGUAAAGCUCUUCGAUCCUCGACAGUACUAUUACUCUUAACAUUCGAAACUUAGAGGGUUCCACACUACCACCAUUGAAAUGGCUACAACAGUGUUUGCCGUUUCACCGUCCUACGCGACCGGAAUCACGUCACGUGGCAUCAUCAUACGAAGUAAGACACCAUCUCUACUAUCAUUGCACCGCCGCAGCACAGCAGCCGGCGGUGGCCGGACCUUCCAGUGCCAGGCAAAGGAUAACUCUCAGGAUGCCGAAUCCGGACCCGUCCUCAACCUGCAGGCCAAGGCCAAAACCUUCUGGGAAGCGCUGUCGUUCAGCGGACCGGGCCCUGAGCGGAUCAACGGCCGGCUUGCCAUGAUCGGGUUCGUCUCCGCCAUGGCAGUCGAGUUAGCUGCAGGAGAGGAUUUGGCAGCUCAGCUCGCAAACGGCGGCGUGUUAUGGUUCGCCGGCACGGCGGCGUUGCUCUCGGUGGCGUCGCUGGUUCCGUUAUUUCGCGGCGUGGACGCGCCGGACCGGUCCAAUGCGCCCAUGACAGCUGAAGCGGAGAUAUGGAAUGGCCGGUUUGCUAUGCUGGGGCUUGUUGCUCUUGCUGUCACUGAGUAUGUUAAGGGCGGCCCACUUGUGUAGGUUUCUUUGUAGUAGAAGUCUUGUUGUACGUUCUGUCAUACUUCUCUGUAUAAUCAAAACUCAGUAGUCAAUAUGAGUUGAUGAGAUCUUUAAUUGUAAAAGAAUGUACAACCUACUUGGGGAUAUAAAUAUAAUGAAAAUAUAGUUUAAUAAACGUAGGUUUUAUUUUGGACGAA